GAAAUGUCUGAUGAAGAGAUCAAAAAGAAGACAUUGGCUUCAGCUGUAGCUUGUUUAGAAGGGAAGUCACCCGGGGAGAAAGCAGCUAUCAUUCAUCAGCACCUUGGCCGUCGGGAAAUGACAGAUGUGAUCAUUGAAACCAUGAAGGCAAACCCAGAUGAGCUAAAAGAUACAAUGGAAGAAAAGUCUUCAGACGUAUCCCCAACUGCACAGAGAAGCCGAGAUCAAAGUAAAGAAUGCUUAAAUACAGCUCCUGAUUCUCCAUCCAAACAGCUUCCAGACCAGAUUUCAUUCUUCAGUGGAAAUCCUUCCGUUGAAAUAGUUCAUGGUAUUAUGCACCUAUACAAGACGAAUAAGAUGACCUCCUUAAAAGAAGAUGUGAGGCGCAGUGCCAUGCUGUGUAUUCUCACAGUCCCUGCUACAAUGACCAGUCAUGACCUUAUGAAGUUUGUCGCCCCAUUUAAUGAAGUAAUUGAACAAAUGAAAAUCAUCAGAGACUCUACUCCAAAUCAAUAUAUGGUGCUGAUAAAGUUUAGUGCACAGGCUGAUGCAGACAGUUUUUAUAUGGCAUGUAAUGGCCGCCAGUUCAACUCCAUAGAAGAUGACGUUUGCCAGCUGGUCUAUGUGGAAAGAGCCGAAGUGCUGAAAUCUGAAGACGGCGCCAGCCUCCCUGUGAUGGACCUGACCGAGCUCCCCAAAUGCACGGUGUGUCUGGAGCGCAUGGAUGAGUCUGUGAACGGCAUCCUCACCACGCUCUGUAACCACAGCUUUCACAGCCAGUGCCUGCAGCGCUGGGACGACACCACGUGUCCUGUGUGCCGGUACUGUCAAACACCAGAACCUGUAGAAGAAAAUAAGUGCUUUGAAUGUGGUGUCCAGGAAAAUCUUUGGAUUUGCUUAAUUUGUGGGCACAUAGGAUGUGGGCGAUAUGUGAGUCGACAUGCAUACAAGCACUUUGAGGAGACACAACACACAUACGCCAUGCAGCUCACCAACCACCGGGUAUGGGACUAUGCUGGCGAUAAUUACGUCCACCGGCUUGUUGCAAGUAAAACAGAUGGAAAGAUAGUGCAGUAUGAGUGUGAGGGCGACACCUGCCAGGAAGAGAAAAUUGAUGCCUUGCAGCUAGAGUAUUCAUAUUUAUUAACAAGCCAGCUGGAAUCUCAGCGAAUCUACUGGGAAAACAAGAUCGUUCGCAUAGAGAAGGACACGGCCGAGGAAAUUAACAACAUGAAGACCAAAUUUAAAGAAACAAUUGAGAAGUGUGACAGUUUGGAGCACAGGUUGAACGAUCUCCUCAAAGAAAAACAAUCUGUGGAAAGAAAGUGCUCCCAGCUGAACACAAAAGUGGCCAGACUCACCACCGAGCUCCAGGAGGAGCAGGAAAUGAACAAGUGUUUGCGCGCCAACCAGGCCCUCCUACAGAAUAAGGUGAGGGAUGGGGAGAGGUUGCUGAAGGAGACCUGUGACCAGAAGGACCUGCAGAUCACGGAGAUCCAGGAGCAGCUGCGCGACGUCAUGUUCUACCUGGAGGCGCAGCAGCAGAUCAGCCACCUGCCUGUGGAGACCAGGCAGGAAAUCCAGGAGGGGCAGAUCAACAUCGCCGUGGCCUCGGCCCCCAGCCCCUCUGCUUCUGGGAGCAGUGGGAGGCUGCCCUCCAGGAAGGGCCGCAGCAAGCGGGGCAAGUGACCCUCGGAGAAGCGUCCCCAUGACUGUGCCCUGCACUGCAGGAGGGUGAGCCUAAGAAGCAGGAGUGAGGAUAAGCUGGUCUUUGCCCUUUCAUUUGCGUGUGGUGUGCUGAGUGCAGGGCUGAAGGCCAUGGCAGUGUGUUCAGCGUGGUGCUGGUCACAAACCUUACACACUCAAUGCCCACUUUGCCUUCUGCCUAGUAGGUGCCCCGACCCCGUAGGGCAUUUUUCAGUUGUAUUUAUUGAGUUGGAGUAUUUAUCGUUCUUUUGGGCAUCAGUUUAAGACACGAAGUUUUACUGUGAUCUAGAAGGUAACAUUACCAAGCACCCAAGCUCUGACCUCCCAGAGCUCAGAGCAGCUGUUGUGAGAGGUCCCUUCGCUACCGAAGAGCUGGGAAAAGUCCCACGCUUGGCCCUCAUCGCCUCCCACCCCUCUGCCUCAUAGCUGGAGGAUUGUUCCGAUGUUAUACGAAGAGAGGCUGGCUGGUCCCCAGCAGCCAUCUCAACUUGCUCUCUAAGUCUAGCCAGGAAAAACAAACAGCCUGAGUUAGACCGAGUAGACCCAGGGUAAGGAAAAUGGUGGCAGUUUAUGUUAUUUAUUUUUGGUGAUUCCCUACAGCAUUACUCACUGCACUUAAAAAAGAGGCUUGGUGGCCACUCCAAGACUCAAAUCUCCAAGCACACGUCCCAGCAUCCAGUGAAAAAAAUUGCAGGGAUAAUCAUCCAUGUAAAAGUGGGGGAGGGGGUCCCUGUCUCACUCAUGUGUUUUGCUAGAAGAUGGGCCUACACGGCUGCAGCCAGAGGGAGACAGGGCAGGUUUUCAGUUAUGUUCUCAAGGUACUGCCAAAGGCUGUUUCCACUUCCAGAACCUGGAAUUUCCACAGAGCCCUUUGUGAGGCUUGUGGUGGGCCAGCAGUGUCUGUGCACUUCCUCUAGAGCCGGAAGCAUCAGUCCAGACCUACAGGAACUGAGCAAAACUGAAAUGCAACCGUGUUAGAAUUUAGCUUCUAGGAGAGGUAACUGGAUUAGGUUAACAAGGCUUACUGUUCAACCAUGGGUUUUGGUUUUUGCUUUCUAAUUAGCCAAAGGAUUUUACUUAGCACAUUUCUGAAUCGUUUCUUUAGUCCGUGAUUCCCCCCUCCCCCCCUUCCUUGUUGCCAUCUGUGUGGAGCUGCCACUGACCUUCCCAGAAUCCUUGAGAGUUUGCAGAAUGAGUGUGCACAGCCAUUCUGAAUCUCAUGCUUAGGACAGACCAGACUGUAAGUCCUCUCUUUGGACUUGAAUAUACAGACAUCUAAAAACAAGAAUGAGAAUGGAAAGCAUAAUCAAAUUCUCUUUCCUAUAGAGUUUCUAUUUUAUUUAAAAUCUAUUUUUACACUAGCUAAGAGUCCUGCUGUUUUGGCCAAGUGCUUGUUGUGCUUGUCCUGCAUGUACAACCCUGGGAAGCCAGGGUGGGUGGUGGCAUACUAAUGACCAGAAUCAGAUGUAGUUGCAAAGUAUUCUCUGCGGUUCAUUAACAUCACCCCUGCAGGCGAGCAGGCAGCCCUGCCCGGCUGAGAGCCCAGCUUUGCACGGUGGGACAAACACCGAAGGCUGUGCCGGGGAACAAGCACACCGAGAUGCACACCACGAUACGUCAGAAGGUUAAAGCUUUGUUUGAUUUGGACGGAAUUACUUAAGUGGGAGCUGUUAAGUAUUUUCCUUCAGGAUGGAGAUGAACCCCUUGUCCAUACUACCUGAACAAUUAAAUUGUAUUGAAAUA